CCGUGUGUCAUCAGGAGCGACGCCGUCGUAAUGGUGACAACCAGGGAGAACAAAAUGGAGCAACCUUCUCUGCUGGCCCAGUGCACCGCGUACACGGCGACGGCGACGUUUUCGCGUUCAUCCUCCACGUCCGCUGCGGCACCAGCGAUGGCGGCGACGAAGCAGGCGGCCACCUUCAGCGCCGCGGCGCCGACGGCGAUGGCGACGACGAUGGGAUCCGGAUCCGCCACCGGUGCUGCUGCUGCUGCUGGACCGCUACCGCUGGCGUUCCCGGGCCUUACCGUGGCCUAAGCCGCCCAGGCCACGCUUGCACGAAGCGCACCCGACAAAAAAAAACACCCCGCAGUCCUCGUGUGGCCUGCAGAGGGAGUGAGUGUGACGGUACGUCGGAGGAGCACGAAGGAAGCAAAAGGAGAAAAAAAAACCAUACAUACACGCCGUGGAAAAGAAACCUGUAACGGUCGGUGAGAGAAAGUGUAAUUUAGGGAACACAAGAAAGAGUGAAACGAAGAACGAGAAAUUCCCACAGAGAGGAGUUUGUCGAGAAGUAAAGAAAAAUCAAAUAAACACUGGAGAGAAGAAUUCGAAAAACAAAGUGUGUAACAAACUGUCCGUUGUACCGAAACGAAGUGAAAUUGGAAAAAAGUGCAAAAGAAAAAGAAAAUUGUGCCAAGAAGAAUGCGAAAUGAAAUAAACAGAGGAAUCCUAUCAACCUAGCGGGAGAGGCAGAAAAAUCAAAGCGCGUGCUUUUUCCACGAAACGACAGAGAAACUUGGGUUGAACGGUUGGAAAUCCUUCGAUUUGCGGAACCAAAGCUACAGCACGGAACGAGUCGUCCCCCUUCCGGCCACUGGAAGCCCUUCAACUGCGACCAGAAGUCUCAGCCCUCCUCCCCCCCCACCAAGCCACGCCGAACACACGUCUCCGCUCGGCAGCACGCAGUAGGACGCACCGGAUCGAAUUAAGGAUUGUUCGUUCCGUUCAUCCUCUCCCCCACGGCCUGUCGGGGAACCUCGGAUUGGUGUGCCGUUGAUUGCGAGGGACGUCGUCGGUGGUGGUGGCGGCGGUGGUGGAGGUGGGAUUCUAGCGGAAGGUGCCAACGAACGAAGGAAACGGUCGACACUCGUUCCGAUCUUGCUCGAGACGUAUUACCAAGACCCGUUGUUUGUUGUGCCGGAUUGUAUGUGUGUGCGUGUCUCUGUGUGGGUGAGCUAGUGGACAAUGGUGCCACAAGGAAGCUGGUUCGGUGCUUCUGGUCUCGAGCGUGAUACGGCCCGAUACGCACUGGAACCAUAGGAACCGUUGCAGGGGAAACAGUAAACCACAAACGCAGCAACACUAGCCACCGAAAGUAACCAAAGCAACCGAAACACACCGACACACAGAGCCGCAGAGCCUUCAGGACAUACCCACGGAACGGAGCUGUUUCGGGACGACCGGGAAGGAACUUCCGGAAACGCGCAUCGUCACCCCCAUCGGCAGAGUGUCGUCACUCGUCGUCACGUCGUUGUCGUCUGUCGAUCCGCAGCCAAGCACAAUCGGACGCAAAAUGGCGGGUGGCGAACAUACGUUCGGCCGGAAGACGUUUCACAAGCCAACCUAUUGCCAUCAUUGCUCCGAUCUGCUGUGGGGCCUCAUCGGGCAAGGAUACAUCUGCGAAGUAUGCAACUUUAUAGUACACGAAAAGUGCGUGUCCAACAUCGUGACACCGUGCACGGGCAUCGCACCGUACCUUAUCCGCAACCCGGUGGCACACUGUUGGUCGGAGCCGUCGCACCACAAGCGAAAGUUCUGCUCGGUUUGCCGCAAGCGAUUAGAUGAAACUCCCGCCGUUCAUUGUUUGAUAUGUGAAUACUUUGCGCACGUCGAGUGCCAGGAUUUUGCCAUUCCCGACUGCAAAGAAAAUGCCACCUACGUUCCGGGGAAGGAACUGGGGCACGUCAAGCACCAGCACCACUGGCGCGAGGGCAACCUGCCGCAGUCGUCCAAGUGUGCGUACUGUAAAAAGGCUUGCUGGUCGUACGAAUGCCUUACAGGUUAUCGUUGUGAGUGGUGCGGCACCACCACGCACGGAGGCUGCAGAAACAACAUCCCGGCCGAGUGCACGUUCGGCACCCUGCAGCCCAUCUAUCUGCCGCCGCAUGCCGUCUCCAUACCGCGAACGGAAGUGCCAAUGGAAGCCAUCAUCGGCGUGCAGAACCGCAACAAAGGCACACCGGGCAUACAGCGAGACUACUCCUGCCCUCGCAGCAUCUCCGAGGAGAUAACGGCUGAGAGCCGCUACCGGGACGAAGAGUACGCGGUGCGAGGCGAAGGUAGCAGCAGCUCCGGCACUCACUCGAAGCCCGAUUCUGCGCAUAAGCCCGAUAAAGAUAAGGAUAAGAAAGAUAAGGAGGAGCGCGAUGAAGAAACAAUCAAGGUAUUCGACGGGAACUGUUCAUAUCGAAGGCGAAUAUUCAGAGCCAUCUCCGUACCUAAAACAUGCUCGCUGGAACAACUGUUGACCACCGCCUUGAGGGCCUUCCACAUAGCCAGGGAUCCAAAUCUAUUUUUUCUCACCGACGUCUACGGUGACGAGGUUAGACUGCAGGAGCCAAAUCCCGUACCGAGCCUACACCGAGUGGAGGGCAAAAGACCGGCCAUCUACUUGAGAUUUCGUGAUAAGGAGAACGACCACGGGUUCGUGCGCGUCUACCCGGGUAAGCUGCAGGUGGAGAACGCUUACGUUAUCAUACCGGUGGACAACGACACCACCGUGAAGGAUCUGAUCUGUGAGUCGCUGAAAAAAUUCGGCCUGCAGAGCCACCAGAUCGAGGACUACCGGUGCUCGGAGAUCCUGCUCGACCGGGGCGUCACCGAGCGUGUGCUGUCGUGGAACGAGCGCCCGUGGGAGAUCAUGAAGCAGCUCGGCAAGGACUCGAUCCGGCAGAUGGAGCUGAUGCGCUUCUAUCUGCAGCUGAAGCAGGACCCGCACGGGCCCAAUCUGGCGCUGUUCGUCGGCAACCUGCCGCCCGGGCUGUCGCAGCGCAACUACGAGCACAUACUGACUGAAUUCCUAGGUUUCGAGAACAAGUUCAGCAGCAUCGGGCCUAUCUACUACGAGUACGGUUCGCUAGUGAUAACCUACGAAAAUGCAUCCAAAGCUGUCCGUGCAUUCCAAGCCCUGCGGGAAUCGAAGUAUGAGGAGAAGCAUCUGCUCGUGCUACUGCUGCCUAACAUCGAACCGAGCAUGGUGCCGCCCGGCGUCCAGCCGCUGCUGGUGUUUGUCAAUGUCAAGUCCGGCGGCUGCCAAGGUCUAGAGCUUAUUAGUAGUUUUCGUAAAUUAUUGAAUCCAUAUCAAGUGUUUGAUUUGGAUAACGGUGGACCACUGCCUGGGUAUGUAGCCUGUUUGGAGUUUACAAGUAUUUACAAGCGCUUUUAAAUCUUCUAAUCUUUGGUUUUGUCUUGAUGCAGGCUAUACGUUUUCCGGCACAUCCAGGACUACAAGAUCUUGGUGUGCGGCGGUGACGGAACGAUCGGUUGGGUGCUGCAGUGUCUGGACAACGUCGGUCAGGACUCGGAGUGUUCCAGUCCGCCGUGUGCCAUCGUACCGUUGGGUACCGGCAAUGAUCUGGCACGUGUACUACGCUGGGGCGCAGGGUACACCGGUGGCGAGGACCCACUGAACCUGCUGCGCGAUGUCAUCGACGCGGAGGAAAUCCGGCUCGAUCGCUGGACGGUCGUCUUCCACCCGGAGGACAAACCAGAGGACGCCACCCCGCGCCAAACGCAGCCCAACUCAACCGGUAAGAAGAAGAAAAUCCAACAGCAACAGCAACAACAACAGCAACAGACUAACCCACACACACACACACUUUCUCUACACUCUUCCAACCGUCGCGAUGCAGUGGUCGGAGGGGCGCAGAGCGAGGACAACUCGCAGAUAUUCGUGAUGAACAACUACUUCGGCAUCGGGAUCGACGCCGACCUGUGCUUGGACUUCCACAAUGCGCGCGAGGAAAACCCGAACAAGUUCAACUCCCGGCUGCACAACAAGGGCGUGUACGUGAAGAUGGGCCUGCGGAAGAUGGUCGGCCGGAAGAUGGUGAAGGAGCUGCACAAGGAGCUGCGGCUCGAGGUCGACGGGAAGGUGGUGGAGCUGCCACCCGUCGAGGGUAUCAUCAUACUGAACAUCCUAAGUUGGGGUUCCGGUGCAAACCCGUGGGGACCGGAGAAGGAGGAUCAGUUCAGCAAACCGAACCACUGGGACGGCAUGCUGGAGGUCGUCGGUGUCACCGGUGUGGUGCAUUUGGGGCAGAUACAGUCCGGGUUGCGGUCGGCCAUGCGAAUAGCCCAGGGUGGUCACAUCAAAAUUCAUCUUCAUUCCGACAUACCGGUGCAGGUCGAUGGAGAACCGUGGGUACAAAGUCCCGGCGAUGUGGUCGUGCUAAAGUCAGCGCUAAAGGCGACAAUGUUGAAGAAGAUGAAGGGCAAGAUGAAGCGACGCAACACCGAGCCAACGAUGCAGGUGAUGGGGCCAUCGGGCAUCCAGAUGACGCUGGCGGCGCCCCAGGAACCCGACGAGGUUGACUCCAAUAAUACAGAUUUUUGAAUAUGGUAUAACGAGCGAUUAAUUUAACGUGCUUCGUCGUUUGUGGGUACGUUUGACUCGAUUAGCGCGGUCCGCCCCAGGAUGCCCAGGAGCGAGCGAA